GAGCCAUUGCGGCAAGUCUAGCGCAGAGAGUAGAGGGUGCUGGAGAUGCCAGACGGUUGGUUCUGAGGAGAGAUUUUGCAACGCAAUGGAGCGAGGAAGGGAUCGUUUACACUUGAGAAGAACUACUGAACAGCACGUGCCAGAGAUUGAGGUCCAGGUCAAACGUAGAAGGACAGCCUCACUGAGCAACCAAGAGUGUCACUUGUACCCAAGGCGUUCUCAGCAACAGCAAAUUCCUGUGGUGGAUUUCCAGGCAGAACUGAGACAGGCGUUCUUAGCUGAGACACCAAGAGGUGGUUAAAGCAGUAUUGGAACUUCAAGGUGGUGGAAGUCAACAAAAACAGGCUAGCAUUGAAUUUCUAGGCAUCAUCCUAUCCUGCCUUGCUUCUCCCAAGUUCUCAUAGGCAUAAAACUAUACAAGGUUUUUGUGGUGUGUGGAAAGGCUUUGUCUUACCUAUCCAGAGUCAUAGGGAUACAAGGACCUAUCCACUGAUUGUGAAACUUUGGUCAAGCUUACACUGUGUUAAUAGCCUGCAUCAAACCUUUAUUUAUUGCCCUUCUCCAAGUAUUAAGGAUCUUGAAAUUUUAGUGUUGACAACUGCUAUUGUGGAACAGCAAUCAUGACUGUGGGUAAGAGUAGCAAGAUGCUCCAGCAUAUUGACUAUAGAAUGAGAUGUAUCCUGCAAGAUGGAAGAAUCUUCAUUGGCACCUUUAAGGCUUUUGACAAGCAUAUGAAUUUGAUCCUCUGUGAUUGUGAUGAGUUCAGGAAGAUCAAGCCAAAGAAUGCAAAACAGCCAGAACGUGAAGAAAAACGGGUUUUGGGUCUGGUCUUGCUACGUGGAGAGAACUUGGUUUCCAUGACAGUGGAGGGUCCACCUCCUAAAGAUACUGGCAUUGCUCGUGUGCCACUUGCUGGUGCUGCAGGUGGCCCUGGUGUUGGAAGAGCAGCUGGCAGAGGAGUACCAGCAGGUGUACCUAUUCCCCAAGCUCCUGCUGGAUUAGCAGGCCCUGUCCGAGGAGUUGGAGGCCCAUCCCAGCAGGUCAUGACCCCACAGGGAAGAGGCACUGUUGCAGCUGCUGCUGUUGCUGCUACUGCUAGCAUUGCAGGAGCCCCAACCCAGUACCCGCCAGGACGGGGAACUCCACCUCCACCUGUAGGCAGAGCAACCCCACCUCCAGGCAUUAUGGCUCCUCCACCUGGAAUGAGACCACCCAUGGGCCCACCAAUUGGACUUCCCCCUGCUCGAGGGACACCUAUAGGCAUGCCCCCUCCAGGAAUGAGACCCCCUCCUCCAGGAAUUAGAGGCCCACCUCCCCCAGGAAUGCGUCCACCAAGACCCUAAGAUACAGUUGAUAAAUCUCAGCCCUUCUCUUUCCCUACAAUGCUUCUUGUGAAAUUGUGUCGCCUGCAAGCUUUUGACCCCUCUUACUGCAUUAACUAUAGAUAAUAAAUACAUAGCGCAAUUGAA